AGGAGCGGUGGCCGAACGACGAGAAGCGAGGAGACGUCGCGACGCGUCGGGCGAGUGCGUCGUGCAAAGUCUAGCCGAGACCGAGAGUGCGCCGAGUGGUUGGCGGUCCCGCGUCGCGUACCCUCGCGUACCGUCGCGAUUUCUCUCCAUUCCGAAGUGAGCUGCCGUUGCGGACUAACCGGCGGUGAGUCCUCCGGUCUCGUUGCCUCCUCGUCGGUGCUGAAUCCCCGCAGGUGAUACCGCGCACCGCCGAUAACGCGCAACGGUGCCAUCGAUACGCGAUACAUCAACCACCGGUGUAUACAGGACGCGUACUCGCUAAUGAAUUGAAUCGAAUUAUUUUGCUCCCGCGGCAUCAGACCGCACGCGACUCCCGCGGCACGCGUACAUUCGAUCGAUCGAUAUCGCGCGACAAGUGACUUGGAGUGCUGGAUAUCGAGAACCUCUCUCCUUUUCUUCUUUUCUUCCUGGCUCGUGCUUUCCUCGCAAUCUUCUUUCUCCCUUCUUAUCGCUCGGUCUCUCCUUCGAGAGAGGCUUCUUUCGAUUUAUCGAGUGUGUUUGAUGAGUGUCGUCGGAAGAUACUUGUAUCCAUCCCGUCAAAGGAUCGAGGGAACUACCUAUUCACCGCCGUUACCAGAAGAGUUUUAAGGAUUUCCAGAGACAGUCUGCGGUUCUUCUAUCGACGGCGUUCCAGCCGAAAUCACGAUGACUAUGGACGUGAGCAAGUCGGAGACGAAUAAAAAUGGCACCACGCAGCAGGAAUGCGCCGGUUGCGGAAAGACGAUCACGGAAAGGUUUCUCCUCAAGGCUCUGGACCUCUACUGGCACGAGGACUGUCUCAAGUGCGGAUGCUGCGACUGUAGGUUAGGAGAGGUCGGUUCGACUCUGUUCACCAAGGCCAACCUUAUCCUCUGCAAGAGGGACUACUUCAGGAUGUUCGGGAAUACGGGCAACUGCGCGGCCUGCAAGAAGCACAUACCGCCGUACGAACUGGUCAUGAAGGCCAGGACGAACGUCUAUCACCUGGACUGCUUCGCUUGUCAGCAGUGCACUUAUCGGUUUUGCGUGGGCGAUCGAUUCUAUCUGUGCGACAACAAAAUCCUCUGCGAGUACGACUACGAGGAGAUGCUCGCGUUCGCCAAUAUGUCGGUACAAACACCCGCCUCGCUGGCGUACAUCAAAAGGCAGCUGCCCCCCACGCCGACACCGCCUGGCCAGAACAUGCAUCCGGGUCACAAUCCACAGCAACCUCAUCAGGGACUUGGGCAGUCGGUGGGUCAACAUAAUCACGUGUCGAACGGUCAAAUGUCGGGGGGUACGCCGACGGUGAACGGAACGGCCAUAGGCGUCGGCGGUCCCAGGGCUCCCGGGGACAUGAACAACAACGGAUUAUCGGGUCCAGCUCUCGGACCGGUGAAGCCACCGCCGAUGUCCGUGCAGGCGCCGACCAGCUGAAACGAGCUCUCGCCUCCCUCGAAGAAGCUCAGAUGUCUCAGCGGUUACUAAGGCCGACGUUCCCGGACGAAGCGAGGACGUCGACGAACCGAAAACGAGGAAAACGCGAGUGCGAAGCCUGCGGAGGGCUGGAGUAGUGUAGAGAGGGCCGAGAAAGGGACGGAACGAAUCGCGGCGAAGAGUAUCGCCGUCAGCGUGAAACCGAUAUUAGGGACGAGUCGACCUCCGGUGGUGGAUCUCGCGGACGAUCGAACGUUUUCCGAGACUUCGUCCAGAGGUUGGGAAUAAUUACUGUGAUCGCGACGAAUACGAACAAGUUAUAAGAAGGGUAUGUUUGUAACAGGACCGUACGACCGCGGACGCGAUGCGUCUUCGUGCUCGCGACGCGCCCAAACACGGACGGAGAAAGGGGCGCGUCUUGUACUGUACGAUAUCGACGUGUAUCGAUAUGAUAGGCGAUUUAUGUAAGAUAUAUUUCUAGCGCGAAGAAGAACGAACGAUUCAGAGGCGAGCGUGAUGAAACGAGAGCAAGAUUGCGUGCGUGAGAGUAGCAGAGUUUCCCUGUAAAUAUCCGUAUCGUCGACUCUGCAAACCCGAAAGACUGUCAGUAUACGCAGACCAAUCGAUGAUUUCUAUGGUACUCGCGGUUCGUCCCUAUUUAACGUAAACCUCGUUCGAGAAGGCGAGAGCAACGAGUAGCAACCGAGAAGAUCGCAUUUUAACGACCGUAACGAAACGGUGAACCGUCGAGUUCUCGCGUGUUCCAUUUGUUCUUCGGCUAUCAGCCGACCGUUCGGAGAUGAUUGUUACGAGAUUUUUGUUGUUUCGAUCGGUUAAUUGUUUUACCGUUGUCGCGAUGUGCUUUUCGUUCGACUGAUUAUUAGAUCUACGACAAGCUCGAAAAUAUGACGAAUCUCGGGGAGUUUCCAAAUCUCGGUAUACGAGCAAACGUUUACGAUGGCUGAUACCAAAGAUUAACGAUGUAAGUUUCGAUGCCCCUCGAGAGCGAGUCAAAGUUCCGGAUUUCGGUAUUCCUUGCUCGGCGAUAACCGUAACAGGUGGCGUUUCCGUCGGAACAACGUCGGGUGCGCCUUCAACGUCGGCACUUCCACCCCGAAUCGCGUCGAAGGUUACGUCACAUAAAUCUGAACAGGUUUCGCGAACUUGGACGACGUCGCGAAAAUAAAUACCACCGCGUAUGUUAGAUCGCGUAGCUUCCAAUUGUAUAGAAACAAUGUCGGAUCGUCGCUCCGAUCGAGAAAGCGUGAGAGAGUAGAGUAUUUGCGUUGUAUACCACUAUUUGUUGAUCGCAAGCGGAAAUAGCGCCUCGACGAAUAAAAUCUGAGAUUCGUUCUUUUCGCGAGCCAACGGUACCUGAAGGUUUUCGCGGAGCGACGACAGACGCAGCGGUCGGGGAUCUCUCGUGUCGACUUUGCGCGGACAAUCGAACUUGUUCCGACUCGUAACGGAACGGAAGCAUCGUUUCCGAAGGGUGCGCGAUCGAACGCUCGCAAAAAGAGGGGCUUAGUCGCGGCUUUACGCUUUAAUGCCAAAAACAAACACGGAAGAAAGUGACGUAGAAGAGAAAGGGGCGGCACACCUAUACCAAAAGACGAUCCGAGUAUCCGAUAAUUGAUGCGUGCGCUGAUAAAGGAUCCGAAUCACCGUUGAAGCGAAUCACGUAGCGCUCGAGUCGUAGCGGCGAUCGUGGAAUGUUUCCCUAACCGUGGAAACGAGUCGUCGUUACCUUUCCUUCCCUUUCGCGUUGAUCUCAAACCCGUUGCACUUUUCGAUCAGGGGAAUUCUUCCACAAGGCGCGUCGCAUGGCGCGAUUCGACGUUUGUAAAUUACUCAAAAUCGCGAGGCGAAUUUGAUUCUACCGUAUCGAUUAAGUACAAAAUGAAAGGUUACAAAGAAGAAGGUGUAAAGAAGAGCCGGCGUAGCAGCGGUACGAGAGAGGGAGAAAGGAACUACACGCUAUUAAAUCGCGCUCCAACGCGAAAGAGUCAAGAGUCUCUUUCCUCUUUUUUUUAUCCAUCUGUAUAUAAAUAUCAUUUAUUAGCGCACUACUAACAUAUUUACGAAUCGCCUCGAUAGGGGCCCCCAUUACUACCGAGAAAAUAUAACAUUCUUAUAAA